AAAGGCAGCGAGAAGCAGCAUUUGACGUUUCAUGUUCAUAUACAGUAUGUAUUUUUUUUUAUCACUGUCAUUGUUAUGAUGAUGGCUGUUUACUGAGCAUUAUUCAUGACAAUUCAUUUCUAUUGGAACCUGUCCCCGUGAUCCUCUUCCUCCUCCUCCUCUUCCUCUCGGCUGGGUCCUGUGCAGCCAGUCGGCGGCUUGUGGUUCUAGAAUGACAUAGAGGGUGGGUGGGGGCGAUGUGAGCUGCAGGGACAGAAGAAAAAGAAAAAGAAGAAGAAGGAGGGCGAGCAGGCAUCGACGACGCGCUUCCGGACCUGCAUUUUUUUUUACCCCCGCCACUUGGACGUCCACAGCGCGCCAACGAUGCUCAUCAAGGAAUUUCGUGUGAUUCUUCCUAUCUCAGUGGAGGAGUACCAAGUGGGCCAGCUGUAUUCCGUGGCCGAGGCCAGCAAGAACGAGACGGGCGGCGGCGAAGGCGUGGAGGUGCUAAAAAAUGAGCCCUACGAGAAAGAUGGCGAGAAGGGGCAGUACACGCACAAAAUCUACCACUUGCAGAGUAAAGUUCCGUCAUUCGUCAGAAUGUUAGCGCCCGCUUCGGCCCUCAACAUCCACGAGAAAGCCUGGAAUGCAUACCCAUACUGUCGCACAGGUAACACACACGCACACACAUACACACACACACACACACACUCUCGCGCGCUACAAAGCAGCCAGCAUCAUGUUUCCCGGGUAUAUUUUUGUCAGCAAAUGUAGCAAACACAUGCAUACACGGCAAAGAAGCCUAACACUAAUGAUGACGUCAUUCUACAACUUCAAAU